CUAGGCAGGGGGCUGGGCAGCUGAUAAACGAUUGCAGUUGCAGCUACAGCAAACAAAAUGGGGAAAGAAAUAUCACUUUUAUAUCAUUUGAUGUCAAGUUUUAAUGAGUUUAACAUAAAACGUAUCCCUUAAUCCUUGCAUGAACUAAGAAUUGUUUUAAACAAUGUAAACUAUAAUGUGAUGCCAGUGAUGAAGUUGGCAAUCUUCAGUCGUCUUAAAAAAAAUAUAUUUAUUAACAAUGUCAUCAGACAAGGUUUUACAUCGCUUAGACCAGCCUCAUGGCUCAGGUAGUGUAUUCAUUGCCUGGCGUCCUGGAAAUAGUACACAUUUGGCAACCACCGGGUGCGAUUCCACAGUUGCGAUAUUUGACAGACAGGCAGAAAUACAAGAUCGUUUUAAGUUGAGCGGUCUGUGCACUGGAUUUGGAUGGGAUACCGAUGGCGAUGUACUCGCUGUUAUAUCAAAUAAUUCUCCGUCUAUAAUGAUAUGGGAUGCUACCACUGGUAAACGAUCUGCAGUCGAUGCAGGAGUCAGAGAUGUUCUUACAUGCAUGACAUGGUCGAAGAAGAAUUCUUUACUUGCUGUUGGAACUCAGAAAGGAAACUUAGCUAUUUACGAUCACAUGAAUUCAAAACGAAUUCCCAUUCUGGGAAAGCAUAAGAGACGAAUUUUGGAUGGUGCCUGGUCUUUGGAAGGUCUUCUGGCCUUAGUGGGAGAGGAUAGAAUUUUAUCCAUUAGUACCAGUGAAGGUGACACUCGUAAAGAAAUUCCCCUGCAAGGUGAUCCGUCUGAUGUACAAUUUAGUGAAAUGAAAAUGGACCAUCGAGUAGGUGGAGAAAAUACGGUAUCCUUGAUAGUUGGUAAAACGACUCUUUUCUUGUACAAUAUUCUAGAUUUGGAGAAUCCAAUUGAAUUGACUUUCCAAAAACGUUAUGGUCGAAUCGUUUCUUAUAAAUGGUAUGGAGAUGGUUAUAUCUUAGUGGGCUUUGAAGGAGGAUACGUCGUAGCCAUAUCAACUCAUAUUAAAGAAGCUGGUCAAGAAUUGUUUCAAGUGAAGAAUCACAGAGAUUGCUUGAAUGACAUUGCACUGAACAACAUCGCAGGAAAGGUUGCUACUUGCGGAGAUAAUACAGUAAAAGUACACAGCCUUCAAAGCUUAGAAGAAACAGAAAAAGUGAUCAAUAUAGCUGGUGAAACAGGAGUUAAUAUAGUUGAAUGGUCUGCUGACGGAACGAUGUUAGCAGCAGUUACUUAUAGUGGCAAUGUCUUCAUUUAUUUAACUGAAAUACCAAAAUUGAGAAGUGUUUGUGGCAAUAAAAUAGCAAUACUGACGAGUUUAACAGAAGUUACCGUUCAUUCAUACACUCUGGAUAAGAUAAAACCUCAGCCUCAAGUAGUUAACACAAUAAUAGAACCGUCCGUCAUCGCAGUUGGACCAACUCAUUUUACAGUGGCAUUGAAUAACAGAGCCCUUUUCUGGGAUUUAUCUUCUGGACAGUACAGUACUUCUAUUCAUUUUGAGAGAGAUUAUUUAGCCACAGUAGAUAGUAUAUGUUUAAAUGAAACUUACGCGUCUGUACUUUUUGAUGGAAAGUUACAAUUGCAUGCGAUUAAAGCAGAUCAAGCCUUUAUAAAUAACGGAAAAGAUACCAAAAUGUUGCCAGAUCAAAUGAUGACCAGCACUAAAGUAACGUGCCAUGUAUUAUCUUCUGAUUUUUUUAUUUAUGGAGAUGAUAUGGGCCGCAUCACUUACUUUAGUUUGGAAGCAUUUAACCAGUCUCUCGAAACAUUACACGUGAACGGAAUAAAACAAAUUUACGUGGAUGCUAAUGGUAGCCAAAUUUGUUUUACGGAUGACAAGUCUGAUGUUUAUGUUUUCGAUCCAGUGAAUGAAAUAGUUACUCCAGUGCCAGAUCCUCCAGACUCAGUGGAAGGAAUAAUUUGGGAUCAAAAUCUGUUUGAGCGAAAUGUAUUUUUUGUCUACAACAAGGACACUAUUAUUACAUACAUUUACGUAAAGUACCACAUAGAAGGCACGAAAGUCGUUCAAGUCGGAAUAACAAAAUUACCAUUGGAAAUGAUACCGAUGUUAGUGUACUCAGGAGAAGCCACUUUGACCUCUGCGGUUGGCAAAUUAAUACAAAUCACUUUAACUUCCCAUGAAGUUGUUGGGAACGUUGUGGAUGACAAACGAGUUUUUGAAUUAUUUGAGAAUCAAUUGACUUGCAGAAGGUUUCAGCAAGCAUGGGAAGCUUGUGAAAUUCUGAAUGACAGAAAUUGUUGGUUGAAAUUGGGACAAAGAGCUUUGGCCAGUUUGAACAUUGAAUUUGCGUUGCAAGUAUACAGACACAUUGAAGAAGUCUCUAUGGUAUGGGCGCUGCAAAAACUCGAAAACAUAGACGAGUUGACCUUAUUGUCCGGUCAUAUUUGUAUUUUACUCAAUCACUAUGACCAGGCCGAAAAAUUAUUCUUGCGUUCUUCGCAACCCGUGGAAGCAUUGUAUUUGAGAAGAGAUUUAAUGCAAUGGGUGCAAGCCUUAAAUUUAGCUGAAAAUCUAAAACCAGCCGAAAUUCCAUUUAUCGCGAGGGAGUAUGCUCAGCAGUUAGAGUUUACAGGCAAUUAUCCGAAAGCUUUAGUAAAUUACGAGCGGGGAAUGCUUGACGUAUCUUCGAGUUUAGCAUCCCAACAUCCAAAUCAUCGUGCUCAAUGUCUUGCUGGAAUAGCAAGGAUGUCUAUAAGAUGCGGAGAUAGCCGGAAAGGCGUUAAUAUUGCAAUGGAUAAUGAUAGUUCCCGAUCUCUACGCAAAGAAUGUGCAGAAAUUUUGGAAUCUAUGAAGCAAUUUAAUGAGGCAGCCUUGUUGUACGAAAAAGCAGAGUACUUCGACAAGGCAGCUUCUGCUUUCAUCAAACUUAAAAACUGGCAGAAAGUUGGACAACUUCUUCCUCAAAUUUCCUCACCGAAAAUUAAUAUUCAGUAUGCGAAAGCUAAAGAACUCGAAGGAAAAUACGAAGAGGCAUCAAGAGCUUAUGAAUCCGCCAAAGAUUUCGAUAACAUAAUAAGAAUUAAUCUAGAACACUUGAAUAAUCCAGGGCGCAGCGUGGAGAUUGUCCAGCAAACAAAAAGCAUUGAGGGCGCAAAAAUGGUCGCGAGAUUUUUCCAUAAGUUGAACGAUUAUAAUUCGGCAAUCAAAUUUCUGAUUCUGUCGCAUUGCCACGAAGAUGCUUUCCAACUUGCUAGUCAGCACGGUAAAAUGGAAUUAUAUGGAGAAAUAUUGGUUGAUACUCUCGAUGAAGAUGAUGUUAGGAAAGAAGAUUUCAAAAGUCUGGCAAUACACUUCGAAGCGCAAAAGAACAAUAUUUUGGCUGGAAAAUAUUACUUCUAUGCAAAAGAAUAUCACAAAGCGUUGAGACAUUUGUUGAAGGCUGUUCAGUUGGCUGCAGACGAUGAUUUGGCACUUACAUUAGCUAUUGAUACAGUGGCUUCAUCGAAAGACGAUAAAUUGGCGAACCAGUUGAUAGAUUUCCUACUCGGUGGCGACGGAUUGCCAAAGGAUCCUAAGUAUUUAUUUCGUUUGUAUAUGGCACGAAAGCAAUAUCGAGAAGCAGCGAAAACGGCUGUUAUUAUUGCCAAUGAAGAACAAAUCAAUGGAAACUACAAAAACGCCCACGAUGUUUUAUUUGGUAUGUACCAGGAGUUGAAAAGAAACAAUAUCGCUGUGCCAUUGGAAAUGCAAAACAACAUGAGGUUGUUGCACUCGUAUAUUUUAGUGCGCCUCCAUGUGAAAAGAAGCGAUCAUUUACGCGGUGCGAGGAUGUUGAUAAGAGUCGCCAACAAUAUAUCUAAAUUUCCAUCCCAUAUCGUGCCAAUUUUGACGUCAACGGUAAUUGAGUGCCACAGAGCUGGACUAAGACAUGCCGCGUUUAAUUAUGCUGCCAUGUUGAUGCGUCCAGAAUACAGGUCUCAAAUCGAUGGCAAAUAUAGUAAGAAAAUUGAGGCGAUUGUUCGAAAACCUCCGAGAGGAAAUGAGUACGAAUCCGAAGAUGAACCGUUGACCCCUUGUCCUUAUUGCAUGAACAAAGUUCCUGAGACUGAAGUAACCUGUGAUAAGUGCAAGAACACGAUUCCAUUUUGCAUAGCAACAGGUCGACACAUAAUCGAAAGUGACUUUGCAGUUUGUCCGAAAUGUGAUUUUCCAGCUAUAAGAACCGAAUUUAUGCGAAUUAUUGAAACCGAAGAAAUUUGUCCAAUGUGCUCGGAACGAGUGGAGCCGAAGUUAGUUCCUUUUAAUAUCGAUAUUCACCCUUACCUACACCUUCAGAGCAAGGUUGAUAAAACAGCAUGAUGAGGUGACUAUUGUGUAUUUACAAUCACUACUUCUAUACUUGUAAGGAAACGAAGCCGUCCAGUAGUAGUACAACUAGUAUAAUUUAGAGAGUUCCACGAGUGCUAUAUAGGUUUUAAAUAGUCAUUUAUUUAUGAAUGAAGUAUAAGACUAUUGUAUUCCUAGGAAUUAUUUGU